AUGCCAGACCUGGUCGACGUAAUCGAGAUCAGCGACUCGUCUGACGACGAUCUUAUUGUGACGUCCAUUCGCAAGUCAGGUACUGAACAGAUCGAAAGACGAGCAAACCUAGGUCACCUUCAACCUGAACCGACGACAACAACAAUUGGACACGGUGAGAUCUGCCGCCUUGGUGAUGAAGGCAGCACAGAUAGAAUCGCAGUUGUCGCCGCUGCCGAGUCCACAGUCAAGGCUCCCACGAUCGUGGAUGUCGAGCAACGACAAGAAGAUGUAAUCGUCCUCAAAGAUCAACUCAACGCGAUCAUCGACUCCGGCAACGAUCCGUUCACCGAUGGACAGGUGGCACAAUUGCAAAGAUCGCUCCAGUCUAUUGCGACUCUCGAUAUCGAGCCACGAGCACUACUCGAUGCCGACUUGACGGGAGUUCUUUUGAACCUAUGUGAGGCCGUCUUGAUUCGAGACGAUCAUCAACAGAUUGGCCAAGGUCUCGAUAAGGCCCUUCAGUGUCUGGAGAGAAGGGAACAAGAAGCUCGAGAUCAUCUCUAUGCGGCCAGCAUCGAGGCGUCCCUCUCGAAUCGUGCCGAAGACGAUGAUGGCUUGCAUGGGGGAGGUAGCUCGGACCCGGCCAUCGCCUCACCGAGCUCACGGACAAAGCCUUCAACCCACUAUCGUGGUGGGAAUACAGCAGGUCAGACCUUUGAGCCGCCCAAUCAAUCGGUUCAGAGUGAUUCUUCUGUCGUCGCACAAGACUCCAGCGGCCGCCAAGCAGUAAACGUUCUUCAAGACAAUGCCAAGUCGAGCGACAGCCCGGAAGCCUCCCGCAUCAUCCAUCUCCGUCCUCCCAUUGAUCGUUCGAAUGUUGCACCCCUCGCUGAGCCGAGCCCCAGAGCCACUCUCCUGCUGGCGUCUGAGCACGUCGAAGCACAGCUCGAUAAAUCAGCAGAUGAAGAACUCCCGGACGUUCCGUCGAGAACCGUGUCACCGGAUCCUUCGCCCCUUUCAGAGGCCGAGAGAUAUGGCGAGUCCAAAGCUGUCACUUCCGCGCCGCUUCAGCGUACGAGGCCGACCGGCGCUGCCGCUGUGAAGCUUUCUCAUUACAAAGACCAGAUUGUUUCCGACCUCGCUUGCGUUGAGAAGGCGCUGUUGAAGGUACAACAACGGACUGUCAAGGCACAGAUUGGUAUAACAAGUGCUUCUGCUAGGAUUCCAGAUAUGCACAAACGACGACUCCAGCUCGAACGGGAGAAGCUGGAGGUCGCCCGAGGCCUUGGAAACGCCGAUCCAGUUCUACGCCUCAAGGCAUCAGCUCGCCGGGUAUCAAUGACGACAGUCAUGGACGAGAUUCGCAGUCUCACCGAAUCAAUCACUGAACAGGCCGGUCUAGCUCGCAAGUAUCAGCUCAAGCGCAUUCGAUUCUGCAGAGAGGCCAAUCAGCUAUCUUCCGAGAAAGCGCAGUUGCAGCGAGAACUAGAGAACCUCGAGAAGGAAGCAGAUGCUCCUGCCAUUUUGGGUACCGACACUGGCCUGUUACCAGGGGAUGAUGUUCAGAUGAGCGAUGGCGGGGAAGACGACGACGAUAUUGACGACGGUGCGUCAGUGAGAUCCUCCUCUGAGUCGGAAGCGUCCAGCAGUAAGCUCGGGCUCGAUGAGGGCGAUCGCACCGACGCUGAUUCAUAUCUAAGUCACAAAAGCCUUGAUCAUGGGCUCUCGAAGGGCGUCAUCUCUCCUUUUACCGGCGUAAUCAACAACACAAGCAUGGUCUUCGAUUCUGCUCGUCAGGCCGAGGAACUUGACCGCGAAAUCGCCCGCCUGCAAUGUUACCGCGAGAGACUCAUUCGAGAUAGUCCUGAGGCCGCCAGACCCGCCCGAACCAGAACAACCGGGCUUUCAGGCAGUCCAGGAACGUUUCGUGUGCCAGGUAGAGAAGUCCUCAAGCGGAAGCAGCCCUCUCCAUCAGCUCAGAUCACGUUCGCGGAUGGCUCAAUAGUCGGCGAGCAUUCGAGGUCGGGCUACGAGAGCGGUGACGAUGCGCCAUCGCGUAAGAGGUUUGCCAGCGAGGAGCAGAGGACGAUUCCACCGACUCGGACUCUGGUCCUGAGACCCGCGCCAGGCACUCACAUCGGACCGACUGAAGAAGAGGAGAGCAAUAUAGUGUCCAGCAUGCCACUCGAGGAUCCCUUCACAGACUCGCCGAUGACCACCACUGCGGUGUCUUCUGAUCGAGAUAGAAGUCCGAGCUUUGGUCUAGACGACAUUGAGAGUUCUCAGGACCGCACCCUGGUCACUAAGAUGAUGGAACUUGUCUGGGACGUAGACGUUCACUCCUGUCACGAGAUUCUUCGCAAGGUCAGCGGCAACCUCCAAGAUGCAAUUCAGACACUUCUAGAUGUCAAGGAAAUCUUCGACUCGCAGACAGGCUCUCCAGGUAGAUCGCUAGGGCCGUCCAAGGAAGGGUUCCGUGCGUUCUUCGUCACGCUCCCGGAUAAUCUGCAGGGGUUUAUUCAAGGUAGCGCUCUUGGACUUGUGGCUUGA